CAAUACAGACAGCAUGACAUGCUCGCAGGCAGCAGAGAGUAAGUGUCGACUGUCUGAGGAGCGGUUCAGGUCUCCCUCUUGCCUCUCUGAACAAGUUGCGGUUAACGUAAGGAUUUUCCAGAGUUGGACCAGGAUCUUUUUUGUCCUUCUGCGACAUGGAAACUCUAUUGGACACACAGCGAAGACUCAAGUCCCUGCUAUUAAUGUACCUCUUGGUCGUAAAGGCAGCAGGUGACUGUCCUAAACCUGAGGGAGGGGACAAUACUGUCUUAACCAAUGAAUCACUUCUAAUGAAUGUUUUCCCAGAGAAUACCAGGGUCACGUUAGAGUGCUCUAGUGGAUAUAUUAAAGAAAGUGGCUCUGAAUUUAUAACUUGCAUUCAUGAUGAAUGGACUGAGUCAGAGCUUAUCUGCAAGAAGAAAGACUGUGGUCAGCCUCCACCAAAGCCACAUAUGAAGUUUAAUACAAGUGAGGGUACUCUGUUUGGUGCUCUAGUAAGAGUAACUUGUGAAAAAGGUUAUCAGAUUAGCGGGUCGAGCUACAAACAGUGCUAUGAUCAAGGGUGGAGUGGCAGAGCUUCUUGUGAAAUUGUGACAUGUGACCAACCUUCAAUAGCCAAUGGAUAUACUUCAUGGGAUUCUGAAAAUGACCCAGAAUACAACACUGCCAUACGUUAUACCUGUCAUGAAGGAUACACCCUCAUAGGGAGUGAUACUGUUCUGUGCGAUGAAAAUGGUGAAUACAGUCCUGAUCAACCUGUAUGCUAUGAAGUGACAAGAGCACCAGCUACUACUUCUCGGCCACAAGUUGCCAUAACGGAUUUGACAACAACUGAUGCAAAAGUAUCCACGUUUUCAGAUUCCUCUGCUGCACCCACAGUUCACAGAACUCAAACUGUCACAACCAGUUCAAUACCAAAUCUCUCAACUUUACCAAAAGUUUUCAGAGGAAAAACUACUUCUGCCGGUAUUCUGUCAACUACAUCAUCAUCCUUUCAAGGCAUGCAUGAUGGGAAUGUAGAUACUGUCACGGAUAGUGGAACAGUGGCUGCUGUGGUCAUUGGUGCUGUGGUUUUGUUAGGUGUAAUUAUAGGUUUUAUCCUAUUGCACAAGUUUAACAUGAGAAGAAAAGGACUGCUGAGGAAUGAGGGAAGUCAGGAGGAAAUCCUUUAACAAAAACAGCUGUGACAUACAAAUCAGCAAAAAAACAAAAUCUCUUUAAGCCAUAAGGAAUCAGAAUAUUUUUGAUAAUAAAUUUAGCAAAUGGAUGGAUAGAUAUUUUGCUGCUUAUGCCCACAGACUGCAUAUAAAAGAUGGACCUAGCUGCCUUUGCAUAUCCAUUAGUUUGUGAAGUACCACAACAACCUGAGCAUUUUUACCUUCACCUGUCUUUUUUUGAAAUCUGACAUGAUGAACAUAGAGCAGAUAUAACUAAUAAACUGACGACACAGCAUAUGAUAUGGCUCAUAUGGCUCAUUGUCAAUCAAAAGGUAUCAAAACCACAUCGCAUUAGCACAAAGCAAUGUUAUCUCCCCGGACAAAACUGGCCUAUGACAGGAAAACAGAUGACAUUGUUUUUAUGUAGAAUACUUAUCCAGACAUACAAAGCAAUAAAUAUUGUUCACAUUUUUUUGCAAUAAAGAGGUUUGAUUCAUGUUUAUUGUUUUGGGGAAUUUGUUUGAUUGACAACAACUUUGUUUAUUGAAUGGUUGUCCAAACCAAGACGACUAGAAUCGCCUGUAUAAAUGACUGAAGAGUCGAUAUCUUGCUAGGUUUUUACAACCAUACAACAUGAUGUUGUAUUCAGUAAGAUGUGAAACUAUUCAAAUUCAAUUCAAUCUUACAGUCACCUCAAAGUGUUUUAUAUGGUAAGGUUACAAAAAAACCUACCCGACAAACUAGUGAUUAAGACCAAAAACUCAUCAGGAAAGUGUUUACUGAAGUCACAGAUGAAGGGAUCCAAAGGGUAGUUUUUCUAUUUACCACUGAGUUUUCUUUUGUGGUGACAAGAGUCUUCCUCUACUAGCCGUUAGAAAGAAUGUAGGUUUAAAGUGCUCAGUCAUUAAACUGUUCAGACAUUAAGGCUACAUUGAUCUCAUAUAUACAUUCAACGACAGAGUCAUUUUGUUAAGUAAUUAAUUUCUAAAUGUUGUAUUGACUAACAUCUAACACUUUUUAUUGCCAAUUAAGAAUGCAAUAAAACUAAUAAAUUUUUAACAUAAAAGUAAUAUAACUCCAUAAUUCUGAUGCAAAUUCCUUAUUUAAUGACACCAUAGCUCAUAUGACACCAGAGAAGACCAGAAGCCGGGGUUAUUACACUUCCAAAAUCUUUAGAUUGCCUGCCUCACCCAGUUCUCAUGGAAUUUCACCUUUAUGAAAAGGCCCAAGGAUGUACCAUCAAACUGUAACAGUGCCUCUCUGAGUUGACGGAGAAAGACAACUCGCUUUCAAUGUUUCUGCAGUUAUAGAGCAUACAUAGUUAAAGUAUCAAACUUGGAUUGCCUUUUGUAAUGUUAUAUUUGAUUUUUGCAUUAUUUUAAAACAAAUUUGUAAAUAUUUUAUUGUACUUUAUUUUUGGUGCUUAUAUAUUAUUUAUGUUAUAAAACAGAGUAAAUACAAUAAUGUUGUUUUCUUGUUGUUAUUGCAAAAACAUUUUUUUAUUUGCAGCUUUUGAUCAAUUUUACCACUAUAACUUUACAUGUCAUGUUAUAUGUUAAUGUGUUGUUUCAUUUGGCCAGAAGAAAGGAGGUUAGAAAAGGGAUGCAGUGCAUACAAUGUGGUUAAUUCAGUCAGUAGAAUGAAGUGGUGACUUCUAAAGAUACAAUCAGCUGCAUUCUUUGCCUCCUGACUUUCUUUUCAUCAUUGUCUAUUGUUGAGAUCUAAGCUGCCCAAAAAAAGAGUAAACCACACUCCCGUGAGAAAAAGGCUGUGUAGUUUUUUUCUCUUCGAUCAGGCAAGACUUGGCUGUGUUAAAUAUGAAAGGAAUUUCCAAGACCAAGGAGCAAAAAUGAUCAAAAACAUAACUGAAUGGGUUCAUUGGACGGAUUGAGAAGCUGUUGUGAAAAUGAAAAUAAUCUACUAGAUAAGAGAAAGAUUUUAUAACCUAAUUUUUGUUGCGCAUGCUACUAUUAUGCAGUUUAAAGAACACGAUGAAGUUUUCAUCACACCUUAAAAUGUAAAAGUUUUUCUCCUAAGAGGAGAGCCUCAGUGAACGCAUUCACUGUUAUGUCAGCAGAUUAGCACAAAGCCAUUAUGCUGACAAGGGUGUGGAUCCAUACAGAGACAAGCCCAAAAUAAAA